GAUUCCAGCUAACACCUGCUGGCCAUCUGAGAGGGACCUACCACCUCCUGCACUCCAGCUGCUCUGAGCCACUUCACCUCCAGCUGGGCUUUGCCUUUUCAUCCAGAGACUUUUUCACUCCAUCAGGAAAGGAAUAAACUCACCAAGAUGGUAAAGAAAAGGUCUGAUGUUUACUCAGUUGAGAUCUACGGGACAAAAGAUCUCCAUAAGAUGGAGAUGGAAGAUGAAGACGAAAAGAACAAAGACUUAAAAGGCAACAAGAAAAAAAAGAAGACAGAGGAACUUAAGAAAGAGCUGGACCUGGAUGACCACAAACUCAGCAUCUCGGACCUGGAGAAGAAGUAUGGUACAAACAUCAACAAAGGUCUCUCUAGUGCCAGAGCAGCAGAGGUUCUGGCUCGGGAUGGCCCCAACGCCCUCACUCCUCCCAAAGCCACUCCUGAAAUCGUCAAGUUCCUCAAGCAGAUGGUGGGAGGCUUUUCCAUCCUCCUGUGGAUAGGGGCUGUCUUCUCCUGGAUUUCUUUUGGCAUCCAGCUUGCCCAGGGAGCUGAAUCAGCCUUUGACAAUCUCUACCUCGGAGUGGUCCUGGCACUGGUUGUCAUCCUCACUGGAAUCUUUGCUUACUAUCAAGAAGCCAAAAGCACGAACAUCAUGGCCAGCUUCAGCAAGAUGAUCCCCCAGCAAGCUCUUGUCAUCAGAGAUUCAGAGAAGAAGGAGCUGCCAGCGGACCAGCUGGUGGUUGGAGACAUCGUGGAGAUCAAGGGCGGAGACAGGAUCCCAGCGGACAUUCGCCUCAUCUCCGCUCAGGGCUGCAAGGUGGACAAUUCUUCACUCACAGGGGAAUCAGAGCCACAGUCCCGCUCCUGUGAGUUCACCCACGAGAACCCCUUGGAGACCAGGAACAUCGCCUUCUACUCCACCACCUGUGUGGAAGGCACUGCCACUGGCAUUGUCAUCAACACCGGGGACCGCACCAUCAUCGGCCGCAUCGCCUCGCUCGCCUCGGGCGUCGGCAACGAGCAAACCCCCAUCGCCAUCGAGAUCGAGCACUUCGUGUACCUGGUGGCAGGAGUGGCCAUCUCCAUCGGGGUGCUCUUCUUCAUUAUAUCUGUCUCCAUGAGGUACAAGAUUCUGGACUCCAUCAUCUUCCUCAUUGGCAUCAUCGUGGCCAACGUGCCCGAGGGACUGCUGGCCACGGUGACGGUGAGCCUGUCCCUGACAGCCAAGCGCAUGGCCAAGAAGAACUGCUUGGUGAAGAACUUGGAAGCUGUGGAAACCCUGGGUUCUACCUCCAUCAUCUGCUCUGACAAGACAGGAACCCUCACCCAGAACAGGAUGACUGUGGCUCACCUCUGGUUUGACAAUCAGAUCUACUCAGCAGACACCAGCGAAGACCAAACAACCCAGCCCUUUGAUCAAACCUCUCCAUCAUGGACAGCGUUAUCCAAAAUUGUGACCCUCUGCAACCGGGCGGAAUUCCGGCCAGGCCAGGAGAACCUCCCCAUAAUGAAGAGAGUUGUGGUGGGAGAUGCCUCUGAAACAGCUCUGCUGAAGUUUUCUGAAGUAAUUUUGGGCGAUGUCAUGGAUAUCAGAGCACGGAACAAGAAAGUGGCUGAAAUUCCUUUCAACUCUACCAACAAAUUCCAGCUCUCCAUCCACGAGACCGAUGACCCCAGUGACAAGCGCUUCCUGCUGGUGAUGAAGGGGGCCCCAGAGAGGAUUUUGGAGAGGUGCAGCACCAUCAUGAUCAACGGCAAGGAGGAACCGCUGGACAGCGAGAAGGCAGAAGCUUUCCAAACAGCCUACAUGGAGCUGGGGGGCAUGGGGGAGAGAGUGCUGGGUUUCUGCCACUUGUACCUGCCUGAAAACGAGUUUCCAGACACCUACCAGUUUGACACCGACUCCAUGAACUUCCCAACCUCCAACCUGUGCUUUGUUGGGCUCUUAUCCAUGAUUGACCCACCCCGUUCCACGGUGCCGGACGCCGUCUCCAAAUGCCGCAGCGCUGGGAUCAAGGUUAUCAUGGUCACUGGCGACCAUCCCAUCACAGCCAAGGCCAUUGCCAAGAGUGUGGGCAUCAUUUCAGCCACCAGUGAGACCGUGGAGGACAUUGCCAAGCGCCUCAACAUUCCUGUGGAGCAGGUCAACAGGAGGGAAGCCACAGCAGCGGUGGUCAAUGGGAUGGAGCUGAAGGACAUGAACUCGGAGCAGCUGGACGAAAUCCUGUGUAACCACUCCGAGAUAGUCUUUGCUCGGACAUCACCCCAGCAGAAGCUGAUCAUAGUCGAGGGCUGCCAGAGGCAGGGAGCAGUUGUUGCCGUGACUGGAGAUGGAGUCAAUGACUCCCCCGCCCUGAAAAAAGCAGAUAUUGGAAUUGCUAUGGGCAUUGCUGGCUCUGAUGCAGCUAAAAAUGCAGCUGAUAUGGUUCUGCUGGAUGAUAACUUUGCUUCCAUUGUCACAGGAGUGGAGGAAGGCCGCCUGAUCUUUGACAACCUGAAGAAAACCAUCGCCUACACCCUGACCAAGAACAUUGCUGAGCUCUGCCCCUUCCUCAUCUACAUCAUUGCCAGCAUUCCGAUGCCCAUUGGCACCAUCACCAUCCUGUUCAUUGACCUGGGCACAGACAUUAUCCCCUCCGUGGCACUGGCCUACGAGAAAGCUGAGAGCGACAUCAUGAACAGGAGGCCUCGGAACAAGAGGAAAGACCGGCUGGUGAACGAGCAGCUGGCUGUGUACUCCUACCUGCAGAUCGGCAUCAUGCAGUCAGUGGGAGCCUUUGUGACCUAUUUCACCGUCUAUGCUGAGCAAGGUUUCCUCCCUUCCACCUUGCUGGGCGUGAGAGUCAACUGGGAAAGCAAUGACAUCAACGACUUUGAGGAUUCCUAUGGGCAGCAAUGGACUAAAUACCAGAGGACCUACCUGCAGUGGACAGGCUACACUGCCUUCUUUGUGAGCAUCACCAUUCAACAAGUUGCUGAUCUGAUCAUCAGGAAAACACGGAGAAAUUCCAUUUUCCGCCAGGGCCUUUUCAGGAACAAAGUCAUCUGGGUGGGUAUAUUUUCCCAGAUAGGAAUUGCUGCGGUUCUCACCUACGGCCUUGGACACGUUACAGCCCUGAAUUUCACACCCCUCAGGUUCCAGUACUGGUUUGUGGCUGUGCCCUUUGCCAUCUUGAUCUGGGUCUAUGAUGAAAUCCGUAAGCUGCUCAUCAGGAGGUACCCAGGAAGUUGGUGGGACAAGAACAUGUAUUAUUGAAACAGUCCUUACCAAAGGUUUUCUUCCUCCUCCCUGGAGAGAUUCUUCCCCCCACGACUCAGCCUCUGCUGCUUUCAAAGUCCUGUCUGUGCAAUACCAAGCAUGGAUUUGCCCCACGAUGGGGUGAAGAGAUUUCAUGAGUUUAAUGAAGAAAUAAGGACUUUAGAGGUUGAUGAAUUAACCUCCCACCGUACUGUAAAGCCAAGACUUGUCUAGAAAUUGAAAUACUACCUGUUUUUGUAACGACUACGAUUUCCCCUCGUUCAAAGAUGAACUCUGAGAGGAAAACACACAUAAAGGACAAAAAACAAAGACAGAAAUUCCAUAUAACCCAAGGCAUUAAUUUGCACUGAAGGUGUUGUUUGCUGAUUUUGUUCUGGUGGAACUGAAUUCCGGGCGAGUGCAUACACAGAUCUGUGUUCCCUUACCAAGGGUAAAAGUGAUG